UUUCUCUCUCUCUCUCUUGCUUGAAAUACUUGAAAUCGAUCAUCAUCAUCAUACAAUUAAUCGUAUAAAACAAUGGAGCUUGCAAAUUUAAAUCAAAAUUUUGUUGGUACACCAGUACGAAGUUCAUCGUUUUCAUUUGUUUAUUCUAUACGUAUUGGUAUUGUUGGUUAUGGAAAACUUGGCCAAUAUCUUGUUGAACAAAUAAUAAAUGAUGGACAAAAAUAUCGUCUUGAUUUAGCAUUCAUUUGGAAUCGAACGGCAUUGAGUGAAGAAACACGUUCAAAAAUAUUGAUACGUUGUCCAUUAGUGAAAUUUUUGGAAGCAGUAAAUCAAAUUAAUGAAAUUGAUUUGGUCGAUCUAAUUGUGGAAGUAUGUCAUCCGGAAAUUGUUAAACAAUAUGCUGAACUUUUUCUGGAUAAAGCUGAUUUUUUGAUUGGCUCACCAUCAGCAUUAGCUGAUCAGGAAUUUUCACAAAAAUUGACAGAUAAAUUGGCCACAUGUCAUCAUCGUAUGUUUGUAGCACGUGGUGCAUUAUGGGGUGCAAAUGACAUUCAAAUGAUGGCCAGACGUAAUCGUCUUCAGACUGUAGAGAUAAGGAUGGGAUUCCAUCCACGUUCAUUACGAUUACAGGAUGCUAAACUUCGUGAAUUGAAUGAUGAAUUAAUAAAACAGGAUUCGUUGAACAAUAAUAAUAAUGAUAAUAACAAUGCUUCACCACCACCACCACGAUCGAUAGUUUUAUAUGAAGGUCCAGCUCGUGAAUUAUGUCAUAUUGCACCAAAUAAUUCCAAUACGGUUGCUACAGCUGCAUUAUUGGGUGUUGGUUUCGAUCAUACAAUUGGGAAAUUAAUUUCCGAUACAAGUUUAUGUGAUUUUCAUCGAAUCGAAAUAAUCGUACGAGGAAAACCAACCAUCGAUGAUAAACAAUUUCAAGUGGAAUUAAAUCGACAAAGCCCAACACAUAGUGCACAUAAUGUAAGCAGUCUGCAUACAUUUGAAAGUUUCUGGCAUAGUAUAUUACAUUGUACCGGAAGUUUUAUACGUGCCAAUAAUCUGGAAAUACAAGUCUGUUGAUUUUUUUUUUAUAAAACUGAAUCUCAAUGAAUGAAUAAAUAAUAAUAAACAUA